AUGGCAAACUCGACGGGGAAGGCGCCUCCGGAUGAGCGGAGAAAGGGUCUCGCUUUCCUGGACGAGCUGCGGCAGUUCCACCACAGCAGAGGGUCGCCUUUUAAAAAAAUCCCUGCGGUGGGUGGGAAGGAGCUGGAUCUUCACGGUCUCUACACCAGAGUCACUACUUUAGGCGGAUUCGCGAAGGUUUCUGAGAAGAAUCAGUGGGGAGAAAUUGUUGAAGAGUUCAACUUUCCCAGAAGUUGUUCUAACGCUGCCUUUGCUUUAAAACAGUAUUACUUGCGUUAUCUAGAAAAGUACGAGAAAGUUCAUCAUUUUGGGGAGGAUGAUGAUGAGGUACCACCAGGCAAUCCAAAGCCCCAGCUUCCUAUUGGUGCAAUUCCAUCUUCCUACAAUUACCAGCAACACAGUGUGUCAGAUUAUCUGCGUCAAAGUUACGGGCUAUCUAUGGACUUCAAUUCGCCAAAUGAUUAUAAUAAAUUGGUGCUUUCACUGUUAUCUGGACUCCCAAAUGAAGUGGACUUUGCUAUUAAUGUAUGCACUCUCCUAUCAAAUGAAAGCAAGCACGUCAUGCAACUUGAAAAAGACCCUAAAAUCAUCACUUUAUUACUUGCUAAUGCCGGGGUGUUUGACGACACUUUAGGAUCCUUUUCUACUGUAUUUGGAGAAGAAUGGAAGGAGAAGACUGAUAGAGAUUUUGUUAAGUUUUGGAAAGACAUUGUUGAUGAUAAUGAAGUACGUGACCUCAUUUCUGACAGAAAUAAGUCUCAUGAAGGUACAUCAGGAGAAUGGAUUUGGGAAUCUUUAUUUCAUCCACCUCGAAAGCUGGGCAUUAACGAUAUUGAAGGGCAGCGGGUACUUCAGAUUGCCGUGAUUUUGCGAAAUCUUUCCUUUGAGGAGAGCAAUGUUAAGCUCUUGGCAGCUAAUCGUACUUGUCUUCGUUUCCUAUUACUUUCUGCACAUAGUCAUUUUAUUUCUCUAAGGCAGCUGGGCCUUGAUACAUUAGGAAAUAUUGCAGCUGAGCUUUUAUUGGACCCUGUUGAUUUCAAAACUACUCAUCUGAUGUUUCAUACUGUUACAAAAUGCCUAAUGUCAAGGGAUAGAUUUUUAAAAAUGAGGGGCAUGGAAAUUUUGGGAAAUCUUUGCAAAGCAGAAGAUAAUGGUGUUUUAAUUUGUGAAUAUGUGGAUCAGGACUCAUACAGAGAGAUCAUUUGUCAUCUCACUUUACCUGAUGUGCUGCUUGUAAUCUCAACACUCGAGGUGCUAUAUAUGCUCACAGAAAUGGGAGAUGUCGCUUGCACAAAAAUUGCAAAAGUAGAAAAGAGCAUAGACAUGUUAGUGUGUCUGGUUUCUAUGGAUAUCCAGAUGUUUGGUCCUGAUGCACUAGCUGCAGUAAAACUCGUCGAACAUCCAAGUUCCAGUCAUCAAGUUUUAUCUGAAAUUAGGCCACAAGCUAUAGAACAAGUCCAAACUCAGACCCAUGUAGCAUCUGCCCCAGCUUCCAGAACAGUUGUAACACAGCAUGUUGGUCCACCUCCAGGAAUAGUGGAAAUAGAUAGUGAGAAGUUUGCUUGUCAGUGGCUAAAUGCACACUUCGAAGUAAAUCCAGAUUGUUCUGUCUCUCGAGCAGAAAUGUAUUCUGAAUACCUCUCAACUUGCAGUAAAUUAGCCCGUGGUGGAAUCCUGACAUCAACUGGAUUUUAUAAAUGUCUUAGAUCGGUCUUUCCAAAUCAUACAGUGAAGAGAGUGGAGGAUUCCAGUAACAGUGGGCAGGCGCAUAUUCAUGUAGUAGGGGUAAAGCGGAGGGCUAUACCACUUCCCAUUCAAAUGUACUAUCAACAGCAACCAGCUUCUACACCUGUUGUUCGGGUUGAUUCUGUUCCUGAUGUAUCUUCAGCUCCAUCACCUGCAGGAAUCUCUCACGGACCACAAACUGUAGGAAAUCACUUCCCAAGGACUCCUGUUACCAACCAAUCUUCAAAUUUGACUGCAACACAAAUGUCUUUUCCAGUACAAGGCAUUCAUACUGUGGCACAGACUGUUUCAAGAGUUCCACCAAAUCCUUCAGUUCAUACCCACCAGCAGCAGAGUGCUCCGGUGACUGUCAUUCAAAAUAAAGCUCCAGUUCCUUGUGAAGUUGUUAAGGCUACAGUAAUCCAGAAUUCUCUACCCCCAUCAGCAGUUCCUGUUAGUGUUGCUGUUGGAGGAGGAGCUGCACAGGGUUCUGUGGUUCAGAAUCAUGGUACAGGACCACAGCCUGUUACAGUUGUAAAUUCUCAAACAUUGCUUCAUCAUCCAUCUGUAAUUCCACAACAGUCUCCAUUACACACCGUGGUACCAGGACAAAUACCUUCAGGCACUCCUGUUACGGUAAUUCAGCAAGCUGUACCACAGAGUCAUAUAUUUGGCAGAGUACAGAAUAUACCAGCAUGUACUUCUACAGUUUCACAGGGUCAACAGUUAAUUACCACGUCACCCCAACCUGUGCAAACUUCAUCUCAACAGACAUUAGCUGGUAGCCAGCCACAGGACACUGUUAUCAUAGCGCCCCCACAGUACGUAACAACUUCUGCAUCUAAUAUUGUUUCAGCAACUUCAGUACAGAAUUUUCAGGUAGCUACAGGACAAAUGGUUACCAUUGCUGGUGUCCCAAGUCCACAACCCUCAAGGGUAGGGUUUCAGAAUAUUGCGCCAAAACCUGUCCCUUCGCAACAAGUUUCAUCAACGGUGGUACAGCAGCCUAUUCAACAACCACAGCAGCCAACCCAACAAAGUGUAGUGAUCGUAAGCCAGCCAGCUCAACAAGGUCAGACUUAUGCACCAGCCAUUCACCAAAUUGUUCUUGCUAAUCCAGCAGCUCUUCCAGCUGGUCAGACAGUUCAGCUAACUGGUCAACCAAACAUAACUCCAUCUUCCUCACCAUCACCUGUCCCAGCUGCUAAUAACCAAGUCCCUUCAACUUCUACCCCUCAAUCACAGGGACCACCUCCUACGGUCAGUCAAAUGCUAUCUGUGAAAAGGCAGCAACAGCAGCAGCAUUCACCAGUGCCCCCACCACAGCAGGUACAAGUACAAGUUCAGCAGCCACAACAGGUACAGAUGCAAGUCCAGCCACAGCAGACAAACACAGGAGUGAGUCAGCCUGCUUCUGGUGAGUCUAGUCUAAUAAAACAGUUGCUGCUUCCAAAGCGUGGUCCUUCAACUCCAGGUGGUAAGCUUAUUCUCCCAGCUCCACAGAUUCCUCCCCCUAAUAAUGCAAGAGCUCCUAGCCCUCAGGUGGUCUAUCAGGUGGCCAAUAACCAAGCAGCAGGUUUUGGAGUACAGGGGCAAACUCCGGCUCAGCAACUGUUGGUUGGGCAGCAAAAUGUUCAGUUGGUCCAAAGUGCAAUGCCACCCACAGGAGGAGUACAAACCGUGCCCAUUUCGAACUUACAGAUAUUACCAGGCCCACUGAUCUCAAAUAGUCCAGCGACCAUUUUCCAAGGAACUUCUGGCAACCAGGUAACCAUAACAGUUGUGCCAAAUACAAGUUUUGCAACUGCAACUGUGAGUCAGGGAAAUGCAACUCAGCUCAUUGCUCCAGCAGGAAUUACCAUGAGCGGAACACAGGCAGGAGUUGGACUUCAGGUGCAGCCACUUCCAGCCACUCAAGCAUCUCCAGCUGGACAAUCACCAUGUACUACUGCUACUCCCCCAUUUAAAGGUGAUAAAAUAAUUUGCCAAAAGGAGGAGGAAGCAAAGGAAGCCACAGGUUUACAUGUUCAUGAACGUAAAAUCGAAGUCAUGGAGAACCCAUCCUGCCGACGAGGAGCUAUGACCACCAGCAACGGGGAUACAAAGGAAAACGAAAUGCAGGUGGCAAGUCUUUUAAAUGGGAGAAAAUACAGCGACUCAAGUCUACCUCCUUCAAACUCAGGGAAAAUUCAAAGUGAGGCUAAUCAGUGCUCACUAAUCAGUAAUGGGCCAUCAUUUGAAUUAGGUGAGAAUGGAGCCUCUGGAAAACAAAACUCAGAACAAAUAGACAUGCAGGAUAUCAAAAGUGAUUUUAAAAAAUCCCUAGUCAAUGGAAUCUGUGAUUUUGAUAAAGGAGAUGGUUCUCAUUUAAGCAAAAACAUUCCAAAUCACAAAACUUCCAAUCAUGUAGGAAAUGGUGAGAUAUCUCCAAUGGAACCACAGGGGACUUUAGAUGCCACUCAGCAAGAUACUGCCAAAGGUGAUCAACUAGAAAGAAUUUCUAAUGGACCUGUAUUAACUUUGGGUGGUUCGCCAUCUGUGUGCAGUAUACAGGAGGCUUCAAAUGUGCUAACACAGCAAUUUAGUGGUACUGAUUUGCCUAAUGGACCUCUAGCUUCAAGUUUGAAUUCAGAUGUGCCUCAGCAACGCCCAAGUGUAGUUGUCUCACCACAUUCUACAACCUCUGUUAUACAGGGGCAUCAAAUCAUAGCAGUUCCCCACUCAGGAUCAAGAAUAUCCCAGUCACCUGCCCUGUCAUCUGAAGUUCGGUCUACAAAUGGCACAGCAGAAUGCAAAACUGUAAAAAGGCCUGCAGAGGAUAAUGAUAGGGAAACAGUCACAGGAAUUCCAAAUAAAGUAGGAGUUAGAAUUGUAACAAUCAGUGAUCCCAACAAUGCGGGCUGUAGUGCAACAAUGGUUGCUGUGCCAGCAGGAGCAGACCCAAGCACUGUAGCUAAAGUAGCAAUAGAAAGUGCUGUUCAGCAAAAGCAGCAGCAUCCAACAUACAUACAGAAUGUUCCACAGAACACUCCUGUGACAUCGUCACCAGCUGUGCAAGUGCAGGGGCAUCCUAACAGUUCUCAGCCUUCUCCAUUCAAUGGAUCCAGUCAACAUGGAGAUCCAAUGAGAAAACCUGGGCAAAACUUCAUGUGUCUGUGGCAAUCUUGUAAAAAGUGGUUUCAGACACCCUCACAGGUUUUCUACCAUGCAGCAACUGAACAUGGAGGAAAAGAUGUCUAUCCAGGGCAGUGUCUUUGGGAAGGUUGUGAGCCUUUUCAGCGACAAAGGUUUUCUUUUAUUACCCAUUUACAGGAUAAGCACUGUUCAAAGGAUGCCCUGCUUGCAGGAUUAAAACAGGAUGAACCAGGACAAGCAGGAAGUCAAAAAUCUUCCACCAAGCAGCCAGCUGCAGGGACGUCCAGCUCCGCUCCUAGAGCACAAAAGGCCAUUGUGAGUCAUCCCAGCGCUGCGCUCAUGGCCCUCAGGAGAGGAUCCAGAAACCUUGUCUUUCGAGAUUUUACAGAUGAAAAAGAGGGACCAAUAACUAAACACAUCCGACUAACAGCUGCCUUAAUAUUAAAAAAUAUUGGUAAAUAUUCAGAAUGUGGUCGCAGAUUGCUGAAGAGACAUGAAAACAACUUGUCAGUGCUAGCCAUUAGUAACAUGGAAGCUUCCUCCACCCUUGCCAAAUGCCUUUAUGAACUUAAUUUUACAGUUCAGAGUAAAGAACAAGAAAAAGACUCAGAAAUGCUGCAGUGA